CCCUCCUUUAUUGUCCUCUAGUUCAGCUAUAUAUAGCCUCAAUGGCAGUUCAAGUUCCUAAAAGCAAACCACUUACCAUAAAACCAUCUUACAGUUAUCCAUCAGAGAAAAUGGCCGUUGUCACAAGAUUGGUGAAAGAUAGAGCAGUGGUUAUAUUCAGCAAGAGUUCUUGCUGUAUAUGCCACAGCAUUAAGACGCUAAUAUGUAGCUUUGGGGCAAACCCAACUGUUUAUGAGCUUGAUGAACGCGCAGGUGGUCAGCAAAUUGAGAAGGAACUCAUAGCCUUAGGGUGUAAGCCAUGUGUCCCAGCUGUGUUUAUAGGACAGGAGCUCGUUGGUGGAUCCAAUGAGAUCAUGAGUCUGCAUCUCAAAGGAAAGCUGGUCCCACUGCUCAUUAAAGAGAGAGCUAUAUGGCUAUAGUACAAAUCCUUCAGCCAUAAACAGAGCAUUUUCUUAAGCUCUGGUAUACUUGCCAACAACUACGAAAGUAUGAAUAAGAGAAUAAGAAACUCAGAUAGCAUUUUAUCUAAUGUGAUAUGCGAUAUGUGUAAUUUGUUAGGCCUUAACCGUUUUUAUGUUAAGGUUUAACAAACUUGAGUAGAACAAUGAAUAAUAGCAUAAGUAGUAACUCGGCUCGCAUUUGUAACAUGACAUAUAUGAUAUGUAAACUAUGGUGUCCACCUUUUCACUUUACAACAAUGUGCGUCCAAAUCCUAACUCGUUUCACAUUUCAGAUAUAAUCAAUUGCUAGCACUAGAUAUCAAACUUAACCACCACAAAACAGCUCUAACUGACAGAUUUUAACUGGAAUAUAUUCAUGUUUUCUAAACUUAUGGCUAACUCAUGAAUUUUCCAAGUGAAUCAUGCCUAUCAAAGGUGUUACAGACUUGAGAACGAUAAUGAAUCAUAGAAUAAUUAGUAACUCGGCUCACAUU